AAUACAUAUAAAAUGAAAACAGGAAGUAUUUUUAAUCCAAGAAGUGUUCUUGAUUUAACAUAUAAGAUAACAGCUAUGGAUGCUUUUUAAAAUUUCUUAUUUACAGGAGAUGAGAAGGGAAAUAUUUAUAGGUAAUAUAAUAUAGAAUACCAGAUUAGGUAUAAUUUGACUCCUGAUUCAGUAAAUAUUUUAGCACCUAAUUCAAUUCAAUAAUAAUCAUUUACUAGAGCAAGAGUGGAUUAGAUUAAAAUAUUCCCUCAUGCAAAUGCAAAUUUAUUAGUGUUAUCAGAUUAAAUUCUAUAUUUUAUAGAAGCAUCGACAUUAAGAGGAGAUGUGAUUACUAAAGAAAAAGUAUGUAUAUUUGCUUUAAAUGAAUUUUCUAAAGUUAAUUAGUUAGAAUUAGUUAUGAUUACUAAAAAGAAAGAAGGAUAUAUUAUGCAAUAUAAUUUAAAGACUGGAAGAUUUGAAUAGAUGAGAGAGAAAUUUUAACUUUCUGAUAUUCCAAUUACGGUUGCAUUCAUAGGGAAUCUGUUUUUUUUUGGAAUUUAAAAGAAAAAUUAUUCAGUCAUUAAUCUUGAUGACAAAUAAUUAUAAGUAGCUAAUUUAUUAAUGGAUAUUGGAUCUAAUCCAUAUCUUAAAGCAACAGAUAGUGAUGAAAUAUUAAUUAUUACUACUAAUAAUAUAGGUAUUUUUAUAGGAAAGGAUGGUUAAAUGAAAUAAAAAAGUACAAUCCUAAUUUAAAAUAAAACUAUAACAAUUUUAACAACAUUUAAACAAUAUCUAAUUGUUUUGUUUGAUAAUUUAUUAUAAGUCUUUAAUCUAAUAGAUUCUAAACAUAUUGGUGAUAUUUAAUUAUCAUAAGCUGCUAGAUGCAUAACUUAGACAUCAAGCCAUCUAUUUUAUGGUAGUGCUGCUGAAGUAUACUAUUCAUAUCAACUAGUUAAUUUAUUUGUAUCAAACACCUGCAGAAUAAUAAAUAUCUGAGUUAUUGAAAAAUGGAAAAGUAGAAGAAGCUCUUUAAGUUUAUUCUUAAAAUAAUUAAACUACUGAUGCUUCUAAAAAUUAAUAAUUGGAAUAAUUAAAAUUAGAUUGUGGAUGGGCUUUAGUUAGAUAAAUGUAAUUUUCAAAUUCUCUUAAUUAUAUUUUAUAAACAAAUUUUGAACUUAGAGAUUUUAUUUGUUUGUUUCCUGAUUACUAUCAUACAGCUGAAAAGUUAUAUUCAGUGAAUGCUAAUCCUUCAUUAUAAACAAUUUCUUUAAUAAUAAAUAAAUUUGUCUAAGAAUAAUUGAGAGGAGAUAUAGCAAGAGGUUAAGAGUUAAAAAUAUAAGCUAAAGAAUUUUUUAUAGAUAUAUUAGAGAAAAAAAGAGCUGUUCUUACAUCUCCAUAAUAUGCAUAUUCUAUGAAAGAUAAACUUAAUUAUAUAACAACUGCUCUUAAUUAUAAUUAAAAUUAAUGGCAUGCUAUUUCUUGUGAGUAGUUAUUGGAAUUGAUAGAUUUUGCUUUAAUUAAAAUAUAUUUAGAAUCAUAAUCAUAUUUUCCAAAAUUAAAAUAAUUUUUAACAAGCAAUUAAAUCUAUUGUAUUUAAAUGUAUUCUUAAUUAUAAGGAUUGUUUUUAAAUAAUAGAUAAAUUGAAAUGUAAUUAGGAAUUUUAGCAAGAUUUUAUGAAUCUUUUAAUAAAAUUGAUUAAUCCCUUGAAAUAUGGAAGAAAUUUGGAGGAGAUACUUCAAAUCUUUAAGAAUAUUAGGAAGCUUGUGAAGAAACAACCAGAAUUCUUAAAUAGAAUCCUGAGAAGAAUAGAAUAUUUAAAUUUAUUGUAUGGGUAUUUAAAAAACAUUUUAAAAUUGGAAUUUAAAUAUUUCGAAUAAGUGAAUCUAUUAUUACACCAGAUUAAAUGUUAAAAUUUUUAGAAGAAUAAGAUUUGGAUGUUGAAUUAAAAUUAAAAUUAAAAGAAAAAUAUUUAGAAAUAUUAGUAUUAGAAAAAUAAACUGAAGAAGAGAGAUUUCAUACUCAAUUAGCAUAUUCUUAUAUUGAUUCAUUAUUUACAAUUUAUCCAAAGGAAUUAGAUUUUUCAUAAAUAGAUAUUAGAAAGGAUUAGGUUACACAUGAUUAAUAUUAAGCAUUGAAAAAGUUUUUAAAAAAUCCAAAUGCUAAAUAUAAUUCAUCAAGCAUUUUAGAAAAAAAAGUAAAAGAUUCUUGGAUGAUAAAUGAAGUUAUAUUAUUAUAUGGAAGAGAGAAAAGACAUGAAGAAGCACUUAAUAAAUUAUUAAAUCUUGGAUUUUAUGAAUGGGCUGAAAAAUACUGUUGUGAUUAUACUGAUAAUCUUUUAACAAAAUUAUUUAAAAAAGUAUAUUGUCUAUUAUAAAGUCUUAAUAUAGUAUAAGGAACUUUAUUGUUAUUUAGAGGGUAAAUCAAAAGAAAACCCAACUGAUGAAUAAACAAUAAAAGCUUUUAAUUAAAUCAAAGUAUUAUUAAUAAAUCUUAAUUUUAAAAUAGCUUACUGUAAAUAAUUUCUUAAAAAAAUAUGCAACUCAUUCUUAACUGAAUGUUUUGGAAAUAUUAGAUUUAAUUCCUGAUAAUUGGAUACUUUCUGAUUAAAAUGAGGAAGAUGGAGUAUUUUAAUUUCUUAAAAGUGUUAUAAGUAAAAUUUAAAUUAGAUUUAGGUCAUGCUUUACAUUAAAAGAGAUCAACUAUAACAGCACAUCGUUUAUCAUAAGUAGAUUUGUUAUAUUUAUAAUAUUAAAUUGCUAUUUCUAAAUAAGCAAAUGUGAGAAUGACAAGUGAAAAAUAAUGUGCUGUCUGUUCAAAAAGCAUAGGAGAAAAAGUAAAUAAUGAUUUAAUUAGGUUUUUGCUGUAUAUCCAAAUGCUGUAAUAGCACAUCAUACAUGUAUAAAAAAUAGUACAAUAUGUCCUUAAACUGGAAGAGAUUUUGAGAGAUAUUUUAAGUUUUUUUGA